GCCUUACUUUUGACAAAUUACGGACCAAGCUAGUUGAGCAGGAGAACCGCCUCGCCUAUCUCCGUUCUCAAGAGGCUCCUCCAUCACCUGCGGCGUUUGCUACUCAACCUCAUCCUCAAGCUCACGCUGGUUCAGGACAAGAAGCCCGUGGUGGUGCACAGUUUGCUCGGGGUCACGGCAGGAGAGGUCGCGGUCGGGGAUCUCGCGGCAGAGGCCGAAAUUAUGACCAACAUGGUUACGGCCAACCACCGUUUGGUCCACCUGGGUAAGGACAACAACCGUAUGCCCCACCAGGAUACGGACAUCAGGGGUACGGUGGACAGCAGCGUUCGGAACAACAGGCAGCGGGCGGCUACUAUCCACACGGGCACUAUUCAGCCUCCACAUCUCACGGACGUCCAGGCUCACCUUUAGUUGAUGGACAGUUUGGUUUCAUUCCACCGCCAGUUGUUUGUCAAAUUUGUUAUUCCCCAGGUCAUUCUGCAGUUUCAUGUCCUUCCCGUUUCACUCAGCCCACUGCUCCAGCUCUUGCUGCACCCAUGGGUGAUGCUAAUGACGCUGUCUGGUUUCCAGACUCCGGUGCUUCUGCGCAUAUGACCGCUCAGGAAGGACAAAACAACGGGGGCAACUCUUCUCAGAGCUUCUAGUAGCGACAGUCUUUAUCCCAUUCGUUUAUCUUCUUCAUCAGCUUUGGCUUUAGUUUCUAGCGCGGCGCCUGGACCACUGUGGCAUCAUCGCUUGGGACAUUGUGGUAGUCGAGUCUUAGAUGGUCUUAAAAAGUCUGGUCAACUUUGUAGUUUGUCUUCUUUUAAUCAUGAUUGUUCUUCGUGUAGAUUGGGUAAAUCACAGAGAUUACCCUUUCAGGAUGUUUUUCAUAGUGCUAGUAAACCGUUAUUUUUAAUACAUUCUGAUGUUUGGCAAUCUCCUGUUUUAUCUACAUCUGGGUUCAAGUAUUAUGUCUCUUUUAUUGAUGAUUUUUCUCGUUUUACUUGGAUCUACCCCAUGCGUCGUAAAAGUGAAGUCUUUCAUCAUUUUCAAUCCUUCAAAAAUUCGAUGGAGAAUUUAUUAGAUCAUAAAAUUAAAAUUUUUCAAAGUGAUGGAGGGGGUGAGUUUGAUAAUUUUAAUAUGCGGUCAAUUUUUAAUACUAAUGGAAUUCUUUUUAGAAAAUCUUGUCCUGAUACUCCUCAGCAAAACGGUCUAGCUGAACGUAAACAUAGACAUUUACUUGAGCUAGCCCGGACUAUGCUUAUUGAUGCUGGUAUGCCAGCCAGGCAGCCACCUUUUGGGUUGAGGCAAUUUUGACUGCUACUUUUAUUAUCAAUGGCAUACCCUCCACAAAAUUUACAGGCCUCUCUCCUUAUCAAAAAUUAUUUCACCGGAUUUCUGACUUCUCUUUUAUGCGUGUGUUUGGAUGUGCAUGUUAUCCGAAUUUUAAUGCCACAUCAGCCAAUAAAUUAUCUCCUCGUUCUGUUCAGUGUGUUUCUGGGAUAUGCCUCUGAAUACAAGGGCUAUCGUUGUUUAGAUCCUAAAACUGGUAGGGUUUAUAUUAGUCGUCAUGUUAGGUUUUUUCACGAAGACAUUUUUCCCUAUUCUCAAUUAGUGUCACAAAGUCUCCCUGAGGUCUCCCCGCUGGAUUUUUCCUUAGAAACCGGCUCAUCUCAUUCGAUGCAUGCCUCUUCACCGACAUCAGCUUCUUCGGCUCGGCAGCUACCUUCGCCGACGGCUGCUCCGUCUUCCCCAGCUUCGCCGGCAAGCACUGCUUCUGUCGAAUCUUCGCAGGUUGGCGGUGGAGAGGUUACUCAUGUUCCGGUUUCAGGCACUUCCUUGACUCAAAAUAUUCAUCCCAUGCAAACUCGCUCUAAAUCAGGAAUUUUCAAACCCAAAACUAUUUUUAAUUUGAACACUGAGGUUUUGGUUCCUGAUCCAACUUGUUUUUCUAUGGCUAAUAAGGAUCUUAAAUGGAGAGCAGCUAUGGCUGAGGAAUUUAAUGCACUUAUCGCUAAUAAAACGUGGGAUCUAGUACCGUUUGACUCUAGCAAAAAUUUGGUUGGGUCUAAAUGGAUUUAUAAAACUAAAUAUCGUUCUGAUGGCUCUAUUGAACGUCAUAAAGCACGUCUGGUUGCCCAAGGGUUUAAGCAACAAGCUGGGGUGGAUUUCUCUGAAACUUUUAGUCCUGUUGUUAAACCCACCACAGUUCACAUUGUUCUUACAUUAGCUGUUUCCUUUAAUUGGCCUAUUCGUCAGUUAGAUGUUAAAAAUACUUUUCUCCAUGGUCAUCUCACAGAAGAGGUUUACAUGCGUCAACCACCCGGGUUUGUUCAUCCCAAUUCCCUAAUCACAUUUGUCGCUUGCGCAAGGCCAUUUAUGGUCUUAAGCAGGCUCCCCGGACAUGGUUUCAUCGGUUCAGUAGUUUUCUCCUCACUCAUGGAUUUGUAUGUAGUCGUGCUGAUAAUUCCUUGUUUAUUUUUCGUCAGGCUACACGAAUCAUUUAUUUGCUCUUAUAUGUGGAUGAUAUUAUUAUCACUGGCAGUUUG